AUGACUUCAGCUGCCACUGCCAAGAACCUCUCCUUCGUCCUAGAGGGCAUUCACCAAGUCAAGUUCGAAGACCGCCCCAUUCCCGAGCUCAAGAAACCCCACGAUGUCAUCAUCAACGUCCGCUACACCGGUAUUUGCGGCAGCGAUCCUGAAGGUCGGCGACCGAGUCGCAAUGGAACCCGGAAUCGCCUGCCGACGCUGCGAACCCUGCAAAUCCGGCAAAUACAAUCUCUGCGAAAACAUGGCUUUCGCAGCAACGCCCCCUACGACGGCACCUUAGCCAAGUACUACACCCUCCCUGAAGAUUUCUGCUACAAACUUCCCGAGGCGCUGUCGCUGCAAGAAGGCGCUCUUAUGGAACCGCUUAGUGUUGCUGUUCAUAUUGUUCGUCAGGCUUCCGUUAGCCCGGGUCAGAGCGUUGUUGUAUUUGGCGCUGGUCCGGUUGGAUUACUUUGUUGUGCUGUUGCGACUGCGUUUGGGGCUUCAACUGUUAUCGCUGUUGAUAUUCAGCAGAGUCGGCUUGAUUUUGCUAAGAAUUACGCUACCACAUCUACCUUCAUGCCGGGUAAAGUUUCCGCUAUCGAGAAUGCGGAGCGUAUGAAGAAAGAGAAUAACCUCGGUGCUGGCGCGGACGUUGCUAUCGAUGCCUCUGGUGCCGAACCUUCCGUUCACACCGGUAUUCACGUCCUUCGUAAUGGAGGCACGUAUGUUCAGGGUGGAAUGGGGCGCAGCGAGAUCCAGUUCCCGAUUAUGGCGGCCUGUUCUAAGGAACUUACUCUCAAGGGAAGUUUCCGCUACGGCAGUGGUGAUUAUAAGCUUGCUGUUGGACUUGUUGCGAGUGGGAAGGUUGAUGUUAAGAAGUUGAUUACUGGGACUGUGAAGUUCGAGGAGGCUGAGCAGGCUUUUAAGGAGGUUAAGGCUGGUAAGGGGAUUAAGACUUUGAUUGCUGGUAUUGCGGAGUAA